CAUGACGCCACUGUCAGCUCCAUACAGUCGUUUUUGAGAGUCGUGCGUGUGCGCAGAACUUUACUAUUAUUUUAUAAAUUAGUAUGAAUGCGAAAAAAAAUUUGUACUAGAAAAAUCUCAAAAUGGAGUCAAUGUAUUCAAAUAGGCAGAUGUUGACAAUCAUUGAUACAGAUGUGUAUAUCACAACAGAGGAAGUGAAAACACCUUCGGACGUGAUUCCAACAAUCAAUAUCGAUAGUAUUAAAAAAGAGGAACGUAAGAAAAAAACUCCGUCAUGGUUGAAAAGUACGCUUCCGGCUACCUUGCAUUAUGUUACACUGGUCAUUCUAGGUUUGUGUGUAUGGGGCGUUUUAUGGUGCAGUUGGGAUGGUUGGGGUAUACAUGGAAAAUGGUUCCGUAUAACCAUAGUUGGCGUUGUGGCAUGGGGUAGUGGUCAGAUUCUACAAGAAGUUACAACUCUUCCGCCGCUACUUGCAGCCCUUUUGACAGGCAUAAUAGCCAGAAAUCUUGGUUUUUUAGACAUGCGGCACCAUAUCGAAAUCGACGUGUUUUUAAGGAAAAUAUAUCCAGUAAUAAUCCUUGGGAAGGGAUCCCUAGCCUGGAACGUCCACUAUAUGAAGCGUAAUUGGCGUCAAAUAAUACUCCUAGGAACAAUACCGUGGACGACAGAGGUGGUGGUUCUUGCAGUGUGUGUUCAUUACUUUCUUGGUUUUCCUUGGUUAUGGGGAAUUUUAUUAGGGUCAGUGUAUGCCUCAGUGUCGUGUCCAGUAACAAUGCCGUCGGUGAUCAAGCAUGGCAAAAUGGCCUGUGGCAAAGUAGAAUGGGCCCAAUUCAUUUGCACGGCGGGAGGUAUAGACACAGCUUUAAGUGUGGGAGUGUAUGGAAUUGUGUAUAGUUACAUAUUUGUUACAGAAGACAGUGAUAUAUACCGGUAUGUUAAGGUAGCAUUAACUUUAUUCGUGGGAGCAGCCCUAGGCAUCAUUUGGGGCAGUUUAACGAAAUUGGUGCCCAGUUCAAAAGAUUAUUACAUUACUGAACUACGUGUUCUGUUCGUUCUAAUCGGCGGUUUAUUUGGAAACAUGAUUACCGGCACCAUUGGAUGGGGCGGCACUGGUGGCGUAGCGGUAUUAGCUUGCAACGCCACAGCCGCUAUGCACUGGGCGAAAAAGGGAUGGAAAUUGAAUGAAAAUCCUGCCUCAACAGCCUACCGAGUGAUAUGGUCGGCGUUAGAACCUCUUGUAUUUGCGUACACCGGAACAUAUUUUGUGAUUCAUGAAGAUAUAGUAAAUACGAUGCUCGUAGGAUUAGGAAUCUUGUUUGUGUGCCUAACCAUUAGACUGGUUGUAGCAUUUCUCAUGUGCAGGAAUCUAAAAUUCAAGGAAAAGCUGUUUGUGUGUUGUACUUGGGUGCCCAAGUCGGUUGUAGAGGCUGUCCUCGGUCCUUUAGCAAUAAACGCAGUGCUAAUGUCACAAGGAUCUCACGCCCAUGAGUUAUCGUACGCAGAAGACAUACUUCGAUUGCUCGUACAGGCCAUUAUCAUAACAACUCCUAUUGGAUUUCUCCUCACUGACAAGUUGGGACAAUGGUUGAUACGAACUGAAAGUAAAACUAGUAACGAACUCGGAUCCAGUUAACAAUAGAAGAAACUAAACGAAAGCAGCUGGUUCUGCGUUAUAAAUAGGAAAACAAUUGUUUACGCUUCAAAUAUACACCUACUAUGAUUGUGUAAUACUUUUAAUGUACAUAUAGAUGAACAAAGUUAAAUUUUUAAGCUUUGUAUAAAACCAUUUUACUCAAACUCGGAGUUUGGCUAAUAAAGUAUCGAAAAAUAAUUAUAGCUGU